AUAUUCACCAAAAAGCAAAGCAAAAGAUAUACAUUUUUUUCUUAGGAAAAGAAAGAAAGAAAAUGGCGCAAUCUUACACAGCAGGCAGUGGAGUGAUCGUGGAUGCACGGUUUUGCGUUAAGCACCCAGUGGAACUGGCAAUUGUGCGGAAGGUGAUGAAGUUCAAAGCUGGUAACUUCGCAAUAACGGACGUGAACGGAGACCUAUUGUUCAAGGUGAAUGACCGGUUGUUUGGUCUUCACGACAAGAGGAUCUUAUUGGAUGGUUCUGGAUCUCCGGUCUUGACUUUGAGAGAGAAGAUAAGGACAAUGCAUAACAGGUGGAAAGUGUUUAGAGGAGGGAGUACGGAGGAGAGUGAUCAUCUGUACACGGUGAAGAAAAAGUCGAUGGUUCAGUUCUUUGAUACGAAACUUGAUGUGUUUUUCAGUCACAAUAAGGAAGAGAAGACUCCCGAUUUCAGAGUCGAAUGUGAAUCUAGCGCAUAUGUUGUCUACACUGGUGAAUCUGACACCAUUCUUGCCCAAAUGAACAAGAAGCACACGGCGCAGAGCGUUCUCUAUGGAAAACACCAGUUUUUGGUGACUGUUAAUCCAGAUGUCGAUUAUGCAUUCAUUGCCUCUCUUAUCGUUAUUCUCGAUUAUGUUAACGGACCAGACCCAACUGUUCUAGGUGUCACAUCGUCAUUAUUGGGGAACUUCUGAAUUGAAAUUGUAAUGUCAAAUUUUUAAAAUUGUAUAAUAUUAUAUAAUUAUAAUGUUUUGUUAGGAUCAUUUGUAAUCAAUGGGUUUAGAAUCUAUUAUUGUGAUUUAUUUUGAACAUGUAUAAAAUUAUGAAAUUGAUUGUGAUU